AUGAAUUGUUUUUAGGUCAAUUUUUGAGAAUCACACAAGGAAGGAGAGGAUGAGAGUAAGUAGAGACAAACAAAUACACAUAGGAGAUAAACAAGGAGAUCUAAUGAAAUUCACAUUCACAUGAGUUAAAAAAUAUAUGUUGCAUUUUCAUAACUCACAACUUAUAACUGUCAAACCACAUUUCCACAUUCUACAGCUUCCUAUCAUCCCAUUAGGCCAUUACCAUACCAUAUCAAUUCAAUUCUUUCCAUUAUUAUUAUCAUUAUAUAAAUACCAUCCCCACAUCCUUCAAGAACCACCCAUUUUCCAUUAAUACUCUACCAAUUUCUCCUUCUUUUUCUCCCUUCAAUGGUUUUUUCAGCAAAAUCAAGCCCUAACAAUGGAGGAAAAAACAACAAUAAUAAUGAAAAAUGGGGAAUGGGUUUUUUCUUAAUCUUAUUUCAUCAUAACCCAGAUUAUAAUAAUGGGAAUUUCACCAUUAAAAAACCCUCUUCUUCUUCCAAUUUAUUACUUUCUAAAACCCAAUCUACACUUUCGAUUUGUGGGAUUUUAGUUUUUGCUACUCUGCUUCUGUUUACCCUUUCUACUUUCGAACCUUCUACUGUAGUUAACCACCAUGCAAAUCCUUCUAGAAGAUUUCUUCAUCAGAGUAACAAAUUUCCCAGAAAUACCCACAAAAGAUUGUCUGUUUUAAGUGUUUUUUCGCCUAAAUUUACCCGCAUUGGUUCCCCUGCUUUACAAGGUAUGGGCACUCUGUUCUCGAGAGGGACAAAAGCCAUGACAGAUUUGAUUGUUGGGCAUGUUUCUGAAGAUUUAAAAGAAGUUGAAUUAAGAAGUUUUUUACGUGUAAUUCAUCAUUCUGGUGUUCUUUCUCGUUCAGAUUUUGUGUUUAUUUUUAAUUCUCCAUCUUCGGUGUUGAAAUUUGGUAAUUUGGUUAAGUCUGAGUGUGAAUCGUUCCUCAAACUCGUUCAACUCGGGAGUGAACUCGGGAGGUUUGGUGAGUUUGGAAAUGGGUUGAAUCGGUAUUUGAGGGAAGUGGGUGAUGGAGAAAAAGAAUCAAUUUGGGGUAAAAAGGGGAACUCGAGCGAGUUGACUGAGUUGAUUCGGUUGAGUUAUGGAUCGGUUGUUGGGUUUGAUGUAAAUGAGCUUGACCCGGAAGACUCGCUAUCUGGAUUCUUGGAUCAUGUUCCUAUUAGUCUGAGAAGAUGGGCAAGCUACCCGAUGUUACUCGGGCGGGUCCGCCGACAAUUCAAGCAUAUGAUGCUUGUUGAUGUAAGACGGACUUUGAUAUUAUCCGACCCGUUUAGCCGUGUCCGGAACAAAAGCUCCGAAUCGCUAUUCUUAUGGUCUAACUCAGAAACUGAGUCAACUCGGCGUCAUGGAAGGAGGAACUCGGGAAAGACUCGUGAAACCAACACCAAUCCUCUGCUCAAUCCAGCCGUCAUCGUUGGCGGAAGCCGAGGAGUUCGUCGAUUCGCCAAUGCAGCUUUGACGGAUAUAGUUCGAGUUGUUAUUGAGCACAAGGGAAAGAGUCCUAACUCAGUGACCGAGUUAGGACUCGUGAACCAACUGGUUCACAGUGGACAUCUUUCCAAAAACAUAAACUUGAUUACACCAACUGAGCCAAUCUUUGAGCUGAGUUCACUCACUGGGUUCAACUCAGUGAACUCAAAUUCGAGUUUCUUAAGGUUGUCUGAUCAUGUAAGUGUGGUGCAAAAUGGGCAUAAUAAUGGUGGAAAUGUUGAUAUUAAUAAUGUGAUUAUGAGAGAAAUUUGUGCAUCUCACAAAUUAUAUUCUUCUGUUUAUAGUGACUGUUUGGGUAGUCAAUAGUAGUUAGUGUUAGUUAUGCAAGAAAGUGGGCAAAAAGAAAUACAUAGGGUAAUAAAUCACAGUUUUUAUUAUGUUGUUAAUCAUGUGCAAAUUCUGUUAAUAAAAAUGGAAACAAUUUUGGAAA